CCUUGCAGUUUGCCUUUCUGCUCUAGCUUUCCUCUGGAUGGGGACGCUGUAUAUAGAUAAGCAGUGGCUCAAGGUUGACCUCUCUGCUCUUCUUCACAUAGCAGUACCUAAGAGCCUAGAGAUGCUGAGGGUUUCUCAUCCUCUCUUUCAGGAUUGAAUUGCGAAGGAGAAAUUGUAAAGAUUUUCUGCUGGUUAAAACAUCCAAGUACUGCACCCCUAUAUAACUACAAGAACAAGAUUCCUGCAAAUAUGAUGCACACAAGAGCUUACUUGCUGUUGGAAAAAGAGUUUCUAGAGUAUGAAGAAGCCAACAUCUUUGGCAUUUCUCUUAAUCCUGUGGAAAACAACUUGAUGGAAUGGGUAGCUGAAAUAGGAGGACUGAAGGAUUCCCUGUGGGAAGGAGCUGAACUCCAACUAUCGCUACGGUACAAUGAAAACUACAACAACAUUCCCCCACGAGUUAAUUUCAACACCAUCCCAUUCCAUCCCAAUGUGGAUCCACAAUCUGGGAGACCUUGUGUGGAUUUUCUAGAUGAUCUUACCAAGUGGAACCCAAAAUUUACAAUAACUAGUAUACUACUUAGUAUCCAGGUUUUGCUGUCUAAUCCGGUCUUGGAUAAUGCGGUGAAUUUGGAGGCAGCUAUCAUGCUGGAGAACAAUUAUCCCCUGUAUAGACAAAGAGUUAUACAGUGUGUCGAAGCUAGCCAGAACCUAGGAGAUAUUGCUGAAAAAUUAGAAAUAUAUCCUCCACCAAUCAAGUUUCUACCUCCCCCUGAAGAAAACGUGGAGCGUGCCCAAGUCAGAAAGAUUAAAGCCAUAUCAUAUGAAGAUUAUUAUUUGACAUGGUUUAAACUUGCCACAUCAAAGGCAGUUGAAAAUUUUAAAACCCCAGUGUUUGACGACCCAGACUUCAUAGGAAACCACUAUGAAUGGACGGCAAUGAAUGUGGGCAAAGGAGAAUGGGAUGCAAAUAUACAUCAACUUAUUGUGUUUGGAGUUAUUGAAAGAUUUAAGAAACAGAAACUGAUAGAAACCCGGACAGUCAGCCAUCAUGUCCCAAAUCCAACUCCAGCCCGCCCAAUUGCAAAGAAUCCAGUGACUGGAUCUCAAAUGACUUCAGAAUCUAGGAAGACAGACAUACACCUAAGCAGAAGUUCAGAUGUGGAGCCAUGGGAAAAGGAAGCAGAAGAUCUAGUAAUGUGGUCUGCAAGUCUUGAUAAAAUAAAUUGGAAUUAAAUUGUGAUCACCAGUGCAAUUUAUCCUUAAGCAAAGUUCUUAUUCACUAAUGUGUGUUAAUCAGGAGAACUGCUAUACAGGUUAAUAAACAAUGAU